CUCAACCGUUUGAUGAUAAAAACAUUGAAUCUUUGACUUUUUGCGCAAGUUAAAAUACUAAACCUUCUAUUACUACAAGACAUGAACUCCUCUUCACCUUGGUAUCUUCAAUCUCCACCUCUCUCUCUACUUACUCUAUUCAAUCUUUGUUGUAAUGGCUGUUGAAGUCGAUGUGUAUCGAGGUAUGAACAAUUACAUAAAUCAUUCGAUUCGUCGGACCGGUCACGCCCGGUUUCGUCGCGGACCGGCUGAUCAAUCCACUACUUCUACUUCAUCCUAUUCUCAUGAUGAUCAAGCUCAACAAAAGAGCUUCCAAUUUAAACUUAAUGCUGAAGAAUGUAAGAGCGCUAAAUCUUCGAUUUCCUCGGAAGUUUUGUUGAUCGCCGGAGAGGAAGCUACGGUUUCGAAUGGGAAGUUAGGAGCAUUGAUUGGUGGAGGAGCUAAGAGGAAUUAUUCGUCUGCGAAGCCUCCGCUGCCUUUUUCGCAGCGGAAAAUUUCUCCGAAUUUUUCGGGGAGCAGCGCAGUGGUGCCGGCAAUGAAGAGUAGUUAUUCGUCGGCGAAGCCUCCUCUUCCUUCUACUCAUCGGAAAAGACGCCGUGAAAUUGAACAGAUUUUUGGCGAUCGGUUGAGCUCGCACGGUUGUCAUUGUUGCAAAAGAAGGAAAAAGAUUGAAAUUACUCGAAGAAUAAGAAUACUCAAAGGAUCAUCAUCGUUAUCGAUUCCAUCAGAUGAGUACUCUUGGAAAAAAUACGACCACAAGUCGAUCACCGGGUCCUCAUUGCGUAGUGGUGGAUACUACAAAUGCAAUAGCGUAACAGGAUGCUCUGCUAGAAAGCAUGUAAUCAAGGACAAAAAUGAUUCGAUGGUUCUGAUUGUGACGUAUAAAGGAGAACACAAUCACCGGUCGCCUGGAAUUUGACUCAGCUCAGUGGCGGGGAUCUUGAAUGUUGCUAGUAAAGUCCAGGUGAUCGAAGAACCGAUCAGGUGGCUCGUACAGGAACAUCUUUUAGUAGACUUGACUUGCAGAGAGAAGAAUUAAGAACGAGGAGGAGGAGUCGAAGAUAGUCAGUAUUCCAUUGAUCUGAUAUCACAUUUAUGCACAUUGAUCUGAUAAAUUCCUGUAAAUUGUAGGUGACAAGAUGAAUUUUCACCCGGCUCAAAUUUCUUAUUAUUACCAGAAAAAUUGCUAAUUUUGACAGAA